GCGUGUACAAUAUGGUAUGAUUCUUCCUGCGAUGCAGUGGGGUACGAGAUCAGCAAGGAUAAAUAGACAAUAUCAGCCUUUCUCCAGCCUGUGAAAUAUUGAUCCCAUUCAACACCACGCAAACCCACUGGUACAGACAGAAUGACACAAUCUGGCCUCAUCAUAACAAGCAAACAAGGUGGUAUUGCCCAAUUGGAGCUAAACCGUCCGAAGAAGCGCAACGCAUUGUCGCAGGAUCUGAUAAAUGAACUCAUCGAGGUGUUGCUCCAAUUGGACAAAGACAGAGCAAUACGCGCUGUCGUUCUCACAGGAUGUGGACAGGGGCCUUUCUGUGCUGGAGCAGAUCUAGGCGAGCUGGCCAAAAUCUCUACAGCCGAGGCGUUCCAGCGUGGGUGGUUGAAGGAUCUAAACGACGCUCUCGAUAGCUUUCGCACGCCCAUCAUCGCAGCAGUGAGAGGAUUUGCUUUCGGAGGCGGGUUUGAACUAGCAUUACUGUGCGACAUGAUUUUUGCCUCAUCAGAUGCCAGGUUCGGAUUUCCAGAAAUCAGUUUAGGCACCAUCCCCGGCAUGGGUGGCACGCAGCGGUUGACGAAAACCGUUGGAAAGCAAAAGGCCAUGGAACUGAUACUGACCGGGCUGCCCGUUACAGCAAUGGAAAUGGAGAGGCAUGGCGUCGUCAAGGUAGUGCCAAUGGACAAAGACGUUCUCCAAGAGGCUCUUAGUGUUGCUCAGAUCAUUGCAGCGCGUUCAGCACCAGCUCUCCGACUCGCCAAAUCUGCAAUCAAAGCAGCCGAGACCACCACUCUGAAUGCGGGGUUGGAGAUCGAGCGAAGCUCGUAUUUCAGUUCUUUCUCGUUCCUUGAUUGCCAGGAGGGAAUUGCAGGAUUUCUGGAGAAGCGGCCAGUCACCUUCCUUCAGGAGUAACGGGGAUUCAAU